AUGGCAGAGGAUUUUCCAUCGCUGAAGGCCAAGUGGGUGGUGAUGCAGCACGCCAAGAAACCCGCUACCAUCUUCGACGACCUCGCCUUUGUCCCCGAGCACGACCUACUGGAUUCCUCGUGGAUCGACAACGCGCACGACCUUCCGAGCAAGGCCGCGAGCAGGCAGGGCAAGCCGGCGUGGCAGGUGCAUCUCAAGCCCCCCGUGCCCUCCUCCACCGACGUCGCCCCCUCGUCUCUCCGCAAUUCCCCCCUUCCCCGUGACGCCAAUCUCGAGGGCCUCCUCGCCGCGCAGCUCCCGCCACCGGGCGGUGCGGGGGGGAGCGCAGCCGGGAACGCGGCGGCACUGCGCGAAGAAGAGAUGGAGGCGUGGUUUCAGUACCCGCUGGGCGAGCCCAUCGACAGUUUCGGGCGGUUGAGAGCGGUGGAGGGGCUUAGUGUCGACGACGGCGGACAGGGGUUGGAGAACUGGCGCGCAGAUGAGAUCUCCGCCGUGCAGGCCGGAGUCGGCGCAGACAUGGGCGCACAUGCCGCGGCGCUUUGCGGAAACUUGCAGGCGCAGAUGCGCGCCGAGCCGGUUGGCGCUUCCGCGACUGAGAUGGGAGGCAGAGGCGCGGGCGGACUGAACAGCAUGGUAGCGGCGUCUCUAUUGGCGCAGAAGCGGGGCUUUGGCGGACUCGGCGGAGCGGAAGCCGGCGGGGGUGGUGCGGGGGAGAGAGGGGAGCGCGAGGCGCAGCUCGCCAAGCCCAUGGGCGCCACCUCCGCCACCCCUGCGGUCUCCGCCGCCCCCGCCGGUGCUGUAGGCGUCUCGUCAAGUGCGGCGCCUCAACCUGGCGGCAGCGCCGGCAUCGCGGGUGUGAGCGCGCGCCUGGCGAGUAAGGCCCUGGCGGCUCUUAAAUCUGGCAAGCUCGCGUCGAGUCCCGCGUCGUCCGCUGGCGAUUCCAACGCGCUCGCCGCCGCUCCCACCGAGGGGAUUCGCGAUGCAGCGGUCGGCACGACGGCAACUGCGGCGGCCGGCACGGCGUCAGGAGCGGCGGGCGCGUCGGCACCGGGUGUGUCGAAACCUCCCGCCUCGCGUAGCAACGUGCCGCGCCAGGCCAGCGAGUCCAACGCCAGUGCCGCAGCGAUUGCCGGCGCGUCUCACGGCGCGGUGACUGGGAACUGCGGACCAAACGCUUCGCAAAGUGCGGCGAGCCGGCCCUUGCCGUACGCCCCUUUAAACGUGUCGCGCCAGCAGCAGCAGCAGCGGCAGCGGCAGUUGCAUGCCGACGCGCGGCAACCCGAUCAACCGCAGGAGCCGGCGGGGACUACGGCGGAGCGGUCGCCCGACGCGGGGCACGCGUCGACGGUUACGAGCAACGCGCCCGCGGGAUGCGGCGCGAACGGCGCGCACAAAGCGGAAAGGGCCGCGACUGGCAGCUCCGGAAUGGUGAGGCGCGCGGAGGAGGGCAGCGGAGGCGGCAGUGGGGGGGCCAGCGGUGGGGAAGGAAGCGCGGGCGGGGGCACCGAGCGGACAGGGCAGGCGGAGCGGCCUGCGCGCACCGCCAGCAUGGGCGGAACGAAGGAUUCGUGGCUGCCCGGAGCGAGCCGCGGAGGGGCGCGCGGAGGACGGAAGCGGGGGAGGGAGGAAGGGGAGUACGCGCGGACAGAGGACUUGCCCGAGGAGAGUCUGGAUACGCGCAGAACGGGCGCGACUGGCGCAACGGGCGCGACGAGCGGGGCGGGACGGAGAAGCGGCAUGGAGGGCAGCGCGGCGAAACGUGCGCGCGCCGCUGAAGUGCACAACAUGUCGGAGCGGGUGAGUGGCGGCGAGAUGAGGGCGCGGGGAGAAUGCGGUGACAACGGGCAGGAGGUGGGGGGGAAUGUGUAUGGGAACACGGAGGGGGAGAGGGGGGAUGUGGGGGGGAGGAUUGGGGAGCGGAAACGAUUGGGGUGGUCUUUUAAGGCGCAUGGCGUGCAUUCGCCUCUGCUCCUGUGCUCCCGCGCUCCCGCGCUCAUGUGCGCCUAUCUGCAUGCCUCUUGCCCCCGUCCAUUCCCAGGCCCCGCCUCGCGGCGGGAUCGCAUCAACGAGCGCAUGAAGGCGCUGCAGCAGCUGAUUCCCAACUCUAACAAGACGGACAAGGCAUCAAUGCUAGAUGAGGCGAUAGAGUACCUGCGCGUGCUGCAGCUCAUUCCCUCCUCUCGCUCUCUCCUCAUUCCAUCCUUCCUGCCCUGCUCCUUCCCCCGUCUCCCACCCACCCCUCUUCAGACGGACAAGGCGUCGAUGCUGGACGAGGCCAUAGAGUACCUGCGCAUGCUGCAGCUGCAGCUGCACGUCAUGUCCGCGCGCACAGGCAUCGCGCUCCCCCCCGCGCUCGCGCUCCCCCACCCCACCUCCCUCUCCGCCCUCCCGUCCGGCACCCCCUCCGCGGACCAGCUCCCCGCCCCUGGCGCGGCUCUGGGGGGAUUCGGGCUCGGGGGAAUGGGAAUGGGGGGGAUGGAUUUGGGCGAUAUGGGCCUGGGGAUGGGGGGAAUGGGGGGCAUGGGCGGAAUGGGCGCAAUGGGCGGACUAGGGGGAUUGGGGCUCGGCAUGGGGGGGCUGGGGCUGGGAGGCAUGGGAGGGCGAGCCGCCGACGCUGCUGCUGCAGCAGAAGCGGCAGCGGCAGCAGAUGAAGCAGGUGCGAUGCAGAGGCAGCGGGUGCAGCAGCAGCAGCAGCGGCUGAUGGCUCAGCUGCAGGCGCAGCAGCAGCAGCGCGAGCUGCAGCGGGAGCAGCUGCAGCAGUUGCAGCACGAAGCCCAGCAGGUGCAGCAGCAGCAGCAGCAGCAGCAGCAGCAGCAGCGGGAGAGGGCAGCGCUGGGAGUGGGCAUGCAGGGCGAGGAGGCUCUAAAUGGGCUUAGUGGGGGCGGCGGUGGUGGUGAUGGCGGGUGUGGGGCGAUGGGCGGUAUGGGCGUGGCAGCGGGGGGUGCAGAAAGGGGGGAGGGCGGGCGGCAGGUGCGGGCGGCAGGGGUGGACCCUAUGGAAGCGUACCUGGCACGGCACCAGCGCAUGCAGCAGCAGCACCAGCACCAGCAACACAUGCAGCAACAGCACAUGCAGCAGCAGCAGCAGGUCAGCACAUCGCACAAUGCCUCUCCGCUGUUCUCGUCGCCUCUCCCUUUCCUUCUCCCCCAUUCCCCUCUCCCAUAUCCCCGCUCCCCUCGCUUCCUUCCCCUCUCCUCCUCGUUUCUCUCCUGA